CUCUGACACGCUGCCGUGGAGGCUUCUCUGAGCGCAGGUAGGAACUUCAUGGCUGUUUGUUUUUAAACCCGGGAUCGUGGUGUCUACGUGGGGAGGGAGUCGCCUCCUGUGACCAUGGGGUCCGACUAAAUGCUGGCGUGGGCAGCAGGGUUCGCUGCUAACGCACACACGGAAGUAUUGAUCCGCAACCCUGGAGAGACUGAACACUGAACCGUGGAUCUCCACGCAGGCUCGUCUGGAAAGUUCCCCACGCAGUCAGUCAGUCAGUCUGUCUGCGCGAGUCCCUCCCGAGCUCCGCGGCGACGGGAACCGGUUUUUCGGGAACGCUGACCCACGCGUGAUCUGCUCCGAGCCAUGGGCGACGUGCUGCGAGGAGCGGCGGCGCUGUGUGCACUCAAAGUGGCCUGCAGCUCGGCGUCCGUGCCGGCGCUGGGCGCCCCCCGCAGCCCCGUCGGCCUGUGCUGCUGCUGCCUGCUGAUCUUCACCGACCUUCUCGUCGCGGUUUCCCUGAGCUCCCUCUACGUGUUCCGGUCGUGGCUGCCCGAACUCCCCGGUGACGUCAUCGCUCUGCGCUUCCUGCUCUUCCUCAGCCACGUGUAUGGAGGCGUGCUGCUCCUCAUCACCCCCCUCAUGGCUGCGGACACCCUGUACAGGCUGCUGGGCCCGGCCGCCGGUUCCGAUGGGCGGCGCCGCGCCGGCGUGGCGGCGGCGGAGCGGCAGCAGGAGGAGGAGAGCGAGGACGCGGACGCGGACGCGGAGCAGUGGUUGUUUCAUGCGGUGUGUUACCUCGGCUGCCUGGCAGCGUGGGUCUUUGUGGCCCUGAACGUGAGGUGGCGAUGGAGGCUGGAGGAAGUGUGGUCUGCCUCCUGCGUGCACGCGACCGGCUCCCUCAUCGGAUGCUUGCCCCGGCUGCUCCCUCCCGGUCCCGUGGACGCGGAUCCGUGCCGGGGCACGGUCUCGCUCCUCCUCAUCCCCCUCCUCCUCUUCCUCCCCCCGCUGCUCCUGACCAUGAACGCACGCAUGCACGGACGCCGCCGGGUCCCGGGGGGCCUCGCUCCUGUCGGGCCCGCGUCCUCUGCGUCAGCGCCAGCACCGUUUGUUGACCCAGGGAAAACACAGAGCAGCUGUGCCCUUCACGCACAGCAUUGGCGGAGCAGCGUGCAGAUGCCGACACGUCACCAUGGAGACCGGCCUGAGCACAGAAGGACAAAGGGAGGCGCAACGCGCGGAGACCCACGGCACGUGAUCAGCCGCUGCGGACGGGGCUUCCCCCGCCGCGGGGCGCGCGCGAUGCUGGGACCGGUGGUCGCGCUCUCCGUCGUCGUGCUGCCCCCGAACCUCAGCGUGAACGUUCUGGCGAUCCGGACCGUGGAGACGCUGCUGGAGCUGACGGUCAGAGGCUUGGUUUCACUCGCGGCCAACGCGACAGAAACCCCGGCCGUUCGCGACACGACGCUCGUGUGAGGCCCCGGGGGCGAACGCGGACGCGGGUUUGCAGCGGGAUCAGCAGGUCAAAGUCGCACGAGCGCAGCGGGCGGCUCCACCUGUCGACGCCGCGUUGAGGCUGUAGUGUAAAUAAGGAGCGUGGAACGAGCGGCGGGGUGAAACUGCUGAGGCGGCAGGUCGGGACGUGCUCAGCGGAUGAAACAGAUGGCUGCGAGGCGGCUCCCACUGCUCCGAUCUGCGGCUAUUUGUAGUGACACAAUGGGGCACGGGACGAGGCUUUCAGUUUAAAUACGAUGGCAAACAGCGCUUUAAACGUAGCGGAUGCGGCGUCGCGUUAUUCACCCGCUCAACGGAGGGAUUCAUAAACGCGCAGCGACUCGAGGGCGCGGCGCUAAUUUCAACUCCCCACUUUGUGUGCGAAAAUCACCUCACGAGUGAAAUGUGACUAAAUAGAUUCGCCGAGGAACAGGGAGGCGCUCCUCUUACACGCCGUUACACCAAAAUAAAAACUGUGGACUGGUGACUGAGCUCAGUUCCACAAAGCUCGACCUGAACAAGGUUAAUCUCCGUUCAUUUACAUCGUUUACUGGUUACGGAAACUCACCAUUGCUGAUGCUUGUAUUCUCCUGAAUAAAUUCUUGAACAUAUUUAAACAAA